AAAAGUCAAAACCCCUUGAUGACACUUUUCACCAAAUUUCCAACCAUCUUUAUUCCCCACCACACUCUCCAUUUCCACUCAGUCACUCACCAUCACCAAAUACAUCUUUCACUCCAAAUUCUGCAUGUAUAUGCUUCAUAUUUCUCUAUAUCUCACCUUACAUUCUUCAUAAACUCAUCCCUUAUUAAUCACUUGGUUAUUCAAUCAACAAUCACACAAGUCCUUUUUCCCUACAAAAAUGACUACAAAUUUCUUGUUUUCUUACUUUCUGUUUUUAACCAUGUUUUUGUCUCUCAUAAUUAUGGUUUCUAUGGCUUUCACACCUCAGAACAAUUUCCUCAUCAACUGUGGUUCAAACACAAACACCAUUGUCUCCGGCAGAGAGUUUGUAAGUGAUUCGAAUAAACCCGGGUCGGGUUUCCUCUCUUCCGACAAAUCAACCACUCUCACAAACCCAAACCCAAACCCGAAUUCCUCUGAUCUCUACACUACAGCCAGAGUUUUCACUGCUGUAACAAGUUAUAGUUUUCAGAUUAAUAAAACUGGGACCCAUUUGGUACGUCUUCAUUUUUCACCAUUUAAUUCGCAAAAUAUUAAUCUGGGUAAUUCAAAUUUUACUGUUUCAGUAAAUGGGGUUUCACUUUUGACCAAUUUUCGAGCAGGGUUGCCUCUUGUUGUUAAGGAAUUUAUACUUAUGCUAGAUAAAGUUCAUUUCGAUAUAACUUUUGAUCCUUUAGGAAAUAAUGGGCUUGCUUUUAUUAAUGCAAUAGAAGUGUUUUCUGCACCAACUGAUCUUAUUGUUGAUGGUGGUACAAAGUAUGUUACUUUUGAUGGAAUUCAAGAAUUCGAGAAUAUUUCAUCACAUAUUUUGGAAGCUAUAUAUAGAAUUAAUGUAGGUGGUUUAAAAUUAACAUCUUUUAAUGAUACCCUUUGGAGAGAUUGGAUUCCUGAUGAGGAUUAUCUAUCAAUAAAAUCGGCUGCUAAAAGUGUAAGCACUACAGAAUUGCCAAAUUAUCAAAAAGGGGGUGCUUCGAAAGAAAUUGCUCCUGAUAAUGUAUAUAUGACUGCUCAAGAAAUGAAUAGGGGGAACUUGACUAUAAAUUCUGUGUUUAAUUUGACAUGGGGUUUUCCGGUUGAUUCACAACGUGGUGCUAGGUAUUUUGUGAGGUUACAUUUUUGUGAUAUUGUUAGUCUUUCGCUGAAUCAGUUGUAUUUCAAUGUGUACGUCAAUGGACUCCUCGUGAGCAAGGAUCUUGAUCUAUCAUUGCUUACGUUUCAUGUGUUGGCGUCUCCUUUUUAUGCGGACUUUGUUGUUGAUUCUGAUAGUUCGGGGGUUUUGGAAAUUAGUGUUGGACCGUCGGAAUUGAGCACUAGUUUGAGAAAGAAUGCGAUUUUAAAUGGGGUGGAGGUUAUGAAGAUAGUGAAUCCUGCAAGUCUGAAAAUUUGGCCAAACAAGAAGAACAUUUGGGUUCUGAUAUCAUUGAUUGUAGGAGGGUUGAUUGUUUCUUGUUGUGUCAUACUGGUGAUCUUGAUUCUUUUGAAAUCAAAGAAGAAGAGAGCCAAAAAACAAGCUGAAAGCAGCGGUUGGACUCCUUUACGUGUGUAUGGAGGGAGUUCACGUAGUAAAUCUUUAGAAACAACACAUAAUGUUGGCAGACUGAAGAUUCCCUUUGUUGAUCUACAAUCUGGGACAAAUAAUUUUGAUAAGAAUCUGAUAAUUGGUUCUGGAGGAUUUGGUAUAGUUUACAAAGCAGUUCUUCGUGAUAACUUAAAAGUGGCAGUGAAACGCGGUGUGCCUGGUUCAAGACAGGGGCUCCCAGAAUUUCAUACAGAAAUUACGAUUUUGUCCAAGAUCCGACACCGACAUCUUGUUUCACUAGUUGGUUAUUGUGAAGAACGGUCGGAAAUGAUCCUUGUUUACGAGUAUAUGGAAAAAGGACCAUUAAAGAAUCACUUAUAUGGGUCGAAUCUGCCACCACUAUCGUGGAAGCAGAGGCUUGAAAUAUGCAUUGGGGCAGCACGCGGGCUUCAUUAUCUUCACACGGGGUCAGCACAAGGUAUAAUUCAUCGUGAUGUGAAGUCUACAAAUAUAUUGCUUGAUGACACUAACCUCGCAAAGGUUGCAGAUUUUGGGCUCUCAAGGUCAGGCCCAUGUUUAAGCGAGACUCAUGUUAGCACAGGAGUGAAGGGUAGUUUUGGGUAUUUAGAUCCUGAAUACUUUAGAAGACAACAACUUACUGAUAAAUCAGAUGUUUAUUCUUUUGGGGUUGUCCUUUUUGAAGUACUUUGUGCCCGUCCUGCUGUUGAUCCAUUGCUAGGCAGGGAGGAGGUGAAUUUAGGUGAAUGGGCGGUUCAAUGGCAAAAGAAAGGACUGCUUAAACGGAUUGUGGAUCCACGUAUUGCUGACCAGAUAAAACCGGAUUCUUUGAAAAAGUAUGGGGACACGGCUGAGAAAUGUUUAGCAGAUUAUGGAGUUGAUAGACCGACCAUGGGUGAUGUAUUAUGGAACUUGGAGUGUGCACUUCAGCUUCAGGAAACCGAAAGUGUGGAUGCUACGAGCAUUGGUCCCACUGUGGCUCCAGAAAUUGCAUCUGGGGUUGGCUCAAUCAAUGUUGAUGGUUCACUUUCAGACAUACGGACAAGCCAAGUCUUUUCCCAGUUGGUGACCAACGAUGGUAGGUAACAAUCGGCUAUUUGUUGCGUUGCUUUAUGUUGUUUGCAUAUAUGGUCGAUAUAUGUCUAUUGUUGACAUACUACAGAUCCUGUGAGCUACAGACCCGUAAAACCAAAAUGAGUGUUGGGUCCGUUUAGUUGUGUAUUGAAUGUUGCAUAUAACAUGUACUUUAGUUUUUAAUCCGUUAAGAAAGUUAGUAAUACACAUGAAUAUAUUUAAGUGUAACAUGUGUUUUGCGGGCACAUAUUAGAAUAACAUGUAUCAAAGGAAA